UUGGUUGCCUCUCUCAGAAUUGUGUCUUCAGCAACAUCCCUACUUUUGAAGUUGCAGUAUUCAUCUGUACCAGGUUCUUAAUCAGUAGUAUUUUCUUCCUGGGAAGAGAAGAGGAACUUGUGGUUAAUUUCGUGGCCACACAGUAAAGGCCUCCCCACCUUCCCCCAGCACCUUCGCAAAAGGAAUCAUGGCUGCAGGGGUGGCAGCAUGGCUGCCCUUUGCUCGGGCAGCAGCCAUAGGCUGGAUGCCUGUGGCCACAGGACCCAUGCCAGCACCCCCCAGGCAAGAGAGGAAGAGGACUCAAGAUGCUCUCAUUGUCCUGAAUGUGAGUGGUACUCAGUUCCAGACGUGGCAGGAUACCCUGGAACGCUACCCAGACACAUUGUUGGGCAGCUCAGAGAGGGACUUCUUCUACCACCCUGAGACCCAGCAGUAUUUCUUUGACCGUGACCCUGACAUCUUCCGCCAUAUCCUGAACUUCUACCGUACUGGCAAGCUCCAUUACCCAAGACAAGAGUGCAUCUCUGCCUAUGAUGAAGAAUUGGCCUUCUUUGGUCUCAUCCCAGAGAUUAUUGGUGACUGCUGUUAUGAGGAAUAUAAGGACCGUAGGCGAGAGAAUGCAGAAAGACUACAGGAUGAUGCUGACAAUGAAAAUACAGGGGAAAGUGCUCUGCCUUCAAUGACUGCCAGGCAGAGGGUCUGGAGGGCCUUUGAGAACCCCCAUACCAGUACCAUGGCCCUGGUAUUUUACUAUGUCACUGGGUUCUUUAUUGCUGUCUCAGUCAUUGCUAAUGUUGUGGAGACAGUGCCAUGUGGCUCGAGUCCUGGCCACAUCAAGGAGCUGCCAUGUGGUGAACGCUAUGCUGUGGCAUUCUUCUGCCUGGACACAGCCUGUGUUAUGAUAUUCACUGUUGAGUACCUAUUACGUCUGGCUGCGGCACCCAGCCGCUAUCGUUUUGUACGCAGUGUCAUGAGCAUUAUAGACGUGGUGGCCAUCCUGCCUUAUUACAUAGGCCUAGUGAUGACUGACAAUGAGGAUGUUAGCGGGGCCUUUGUCACACUGCGGGUCUUCCGAGUCUUCCGGAUCUUUAAGUUUUCCCGCCACUCCCAGGGCCUUCGGAUCCUGGGCUACACGCUCAAGAGUUGUGCUUCAGAGUUGGGGUUCCUGCUCUUCUCUCUCACCAUGGCUAUCAUCAUCUUUGCUACUGUCAUGUUCUAUGCAGAGAAGGGGUCUUCAGCCAGCAAAUUCACCAGCAUUCCUGCUGCUUUCUGGUAUACCAUCGUCACCAUGACAACACUAGGGUAG